CGAUGGCUGGGUUGCCAGUGUUCCUCGGUGUCCUCAUUUUGCUGUCUGCCUUCCCGGGGCCUAGUGUCGGGGGCCACACCAUGCCCAAGCUGGCUGACCGCAAGCUGUGUGCUGAUGAGGAAUGCAGCUACCCCAUCUCCAUGGCCGUGGCCCUUCAGGACUACGUGGCCCCCGACUGCCGUUUCCUGACCAUACACAGGGGCCAAGUCGUGUAUGUCUUCUCCAAGCUGAAGGGCCGAGGGCGGCUCUUCUGGGGAGGCAGUGUUCAGGGAGAUUACUAUGGAGAUUUAGCUGCUCGCCUGGGCUAUUUCCCCAGUAGUGUUGUACGUGAGGACCAGACCCUGAAACCUGGCAAAAUCGAUGUGAAGACAGAUAAGUGGGAUUUCUACUGCCAGUGA